AGAUCAGGCUCACAUGUAUCCAGCUUUGUGUCCAUGAAGAAUGACCAUUCAAAAGAGGGCGGAACACCAAAAUUCAGUGAGAAAACACCAUCUACGAAAAGUAACAAAGGACAUAAGACCACAGUAAAUAUUGGUUCAGAAAUUAGACGGUGGGAAGCUCUAAAAGCACAGAAGGGAAUGAAGAAUGAUGUGGAACUGGCAACUUUUCUUCUCAACAAAAUUCAACAUGAGAAAUCAGACUUCCAGAAUUACCGCUUCAAAAGAGAAAAUCUUGUCUGGAUCUUCAAGGAUCUUGAGGACAAAAUAAUUAUAUUUCUGAAGAAUGAACUGAUAAAGUUGAAGAAAAUAUUAAAAAAAGAGAACACACAAUACUUUGUGCAGGAUUUUAUAAAGGACACGUGUGAAAUCAAAGAAGCAGCUUUUGAUAUCGUAGUUUAUUUUCUAAAACUUAUGAAGCAAGAUGAGAUUGCAGACACUUUAAAAGAGCUGAUCUUCAUUCAUCAACAACAACUUAAAUCGAACCUGAAGCAAAAGUAUCAAUGUGUGUUUGAAGGAAUUGCAAAGCAAGGUGAUUGUACACUUCUGAAUAAAAUCUACACUGAUCUUUAUAUUACUCAGGGUUGUAGUGAGCAGGUUAAUACUGAACAUGAGUUAAGACAGAUAGAAGUUGCUUCCAGGCAACAUGAAUCACAGGAGAUACAGGUUGAAUGCAAUAAUUUAUUUGAAGCAACCGAACAAAACAAGAAGAUCAAAACUGUAAUGACAAAAGGAGUUGCUGGUAUUGGAAAAUCCAUCUCUGUGCAAAAGUUUGUUCUGGAUUGGGCUGAAGGAAAAGAAAAUCAAGACAUCAGCUUCAUAUUUCCUCUUCCUUUCCGAGAGAUGAAUUUCAAGGAGAAAGAAAAACUUAGUUUGAUGAGCCUGAUAAGUCAGUUUUUCCCAGAGGCAAAAGAACUGAACCUUACGAAAAAUGCUAAAUUUAAAGUCUUAUUCAUUCUUGAUGGACUGGAUGAAUGUCGUCUUCCACUAAACUUUGAGGGUAAUGGGACGUGUCGUGAUGUAUCAUCACCAGCUUCUCUGGAUGUUCUCCUAACGAACCUCAUCAAGGGAAAUCUGCUUCCUUCUGCUCUCAUCUGGAUCACCACCAGACCAGCAGCUGCCAGUAAGAUUCCUCCUGACUGUAUUGACCGGCUGACAGAGAUACGAGGAUUCAAUGAUGCACAAAAGGAGGAGUACUUCAAAAAAAGGUUCAUGGAUGAGAAUCAGGCCAAAGAAAUCAUUGAUCAUGUUAAACAAUCAAAGAGUCUCUUUAUCAUGUGCCACAUCCCAGUCUUCUGCUGGAUUUCAGCCACUGUUCUCCAGAAUAUUUUAGAGGAGAAAGGAAAGAAUGAUCUGAAAAACAAUCAAGCUGAUGGCGCCUCCAAAACACUGCAGAGAUCAAAUACUGAAGACACUCCCAAGACUCUGACACAAAUGUACACACAUUUUCUCCACUUUCAGAUACUGCAGAGUAGACGAAAGUAUGAUGCAAAAUACACUGCAGAUGUUUCAUGGGAUAAAGAUGUCAUUCUUUCACUGGGGAAACUGGCAUUUGAUCAGCUGAAAAGAAACAAUGUGAUCUUCUAUGACACAGAUCUGGAAGCCUGUGGUAUUGAUGUCUAUAAGGCAUCCGUGUAUUCAGGCAUGUGUACCCAAAUAUUUAAGGUGGAAAAAGGCAUAGCUCUUGGUACCAUGUACUGCUUUGUUCACAUGAGCAUUCAAGAGUUUAUUGCAGCCCUUUAUGCACAUCUUUUUCUAGACCUCAACAAGAAAAAUGCAUUUUCUACAGAACAGGAAAACAAAAAUGAAACUCCGUUUGAUUUGCUCAAGACUGCAGUGGACAAGGCACUCGAGAGUGACACUGGACACUUGGACCUUUUCCUUCGCUUCCUCCUUGGUCUGUCAAUUGCAUCUAAAAAAACACUCUUACGAGGUCUGUUGACACAGCAAAAUGGUGAUGAACAAAGCAAAAUGGAAAUAGUUCAGUACAUCAAGCAGAAAUUAGAUGAAAAUUUGUCUCCAGAGAGAUCCAUCAAUCUGUUCUACUGUCUGAAUGAACUGAAUGAUCAAACUCUGGUGAAAGAGAUUCAGAUCCACAUUAACAAAGGAAGUCUAUCAUCUGCUGACCUUUCUCCUGCCCAGUGGUCUGCUUUGGCCUUUGUGUUGUUGACAUCAGAUGAGGAGAUGGAGGAGUUUGAGCUUCAGAAAUUCAAGAAAUCAGACGAGUGUCUCAUUCGACUAUCACCAGUCAUAAAAACUUCCAGAAAAGCUAAGUUAGUAUUUUUUCCUAUUUUUGCACUCAUCUGUAAAACAUCUUUGUCAAUAACAUUCUUUAAUUUUCUGAAUCAUGUACCACCUGCAAUUAAAUUCUAGACAACAUGACAAAAUUAUUCUUCUUAUAUAGUUUAA